AUGCAAUACAAACGGGACGGUUCUCAUUUCGAUAGUGUCACCAAUCAGGAUAUGCUCUUGGAUUUUACCGGACGAUUCAGGGAUAUGCUACCAUCCGGAACGCAGGAUCGGGUCGCAAUGUUCAUUUUAUUCAUAUUGCUACCGCUUGGAUUUCUAUUUGAAAUAUUCGCGAUAUUACCGAUUGAGCAUGAAGUGAUGUCGAAGGGAUGGAAUAUAAGAGUUGGUAUAUUGAUGUUUUUGGGAUUAAAUGCCUUUGCCAAUGUGUAUAACAUUAUAUCAGUCGGACCAAAUGGUAAUUGUUCCGAUUUGCCAGCGGUGCAGAAACGAGGAUAUCGAUUUUGUUAUAUUUGUCAGCUAAAUGAGCCUCCACGAUCGAAUCAUUGCCCAGUUUGUGACAAAUGUGCAUUUCGGCGUGAUCAUCAUUGUUCGUUUGUCGCCGUAUGUAUUGGACACUUCAAUCAGCGAUACUACAUUAGUGCUAUUUGCAGUUUGUGGAUUAUAUCCUCUGUUAUGUUGACAUGGAAUUGGUCAUUUAUGUGGACAUCACUUGGUGGUUUUUCACCGUUACAACUGUGGGAAUUGAUAGUACCUCACUUGGCAUUAAUCUUUCGUAUCAUCAGUUUUUCCCAAUUUUUAUGCGUGAUGAUCUUCGUCCUUUCGUUUGGUGUUUUCAUCUUUCUAUGUUAUUUGAUUACAGCUCAGCUUUUUUGCCUUUACCGAGGGCAGACACGGAUGGAAUAUCUUAUGGAUGUUCACGCAUAUAAUCUGGGAUUUAUGGAAAACGUACGUCAGGCUAUGGGUAGGCAUUGGUUGAUAGCAUUGUUAGUGCCGUUCGUUUCUUCACCGCUUGGUUCCGAUGGUCUUUCAUAUCCAACACGUGAAUCCAAACCACUGAAUGAUAUGAAGACUAUGUGA